AUGGCAGUAAGUAACAAAAGCCAUCCAGAAGAAUUCAUUCUACUGGGAUUUGCUGACCAUCCUUGGCUGGAGCUUCCUCUCUUUGUUAUUCUUCUGAUCACAUACCCUAUGGCCAUGAUGGGAAACAUUGCCAUCAUCCUGGUGUCCACAUUAGACCCCAAACUCCACAGCCCCAUGUAUUUCUUCCUCACCAACCUCUCCUUUUUGGACAUGUGUUAUACCACAAGCAUUGUCCCUCAGAUGCUGGUUAACCUGGGAAGCUCCAAGAAGACAAUCAGCUACAUGGGUUGUGUAGUUCAGCUUUAUGUUUUCCACUCAAUGGGGGGCACAGAAUGUCUGCUAUUAACUCUCAUGUCCUUGGAUCGUUAUGUGGCCAUCUGUAAGCCUCUGCAUUAUACUACCAUUAUGAAUCGUAGAAUUUGCCUGCUAUUAAUAUCCAUUAUGUGGCUCAGUGGAAUGACUUUUGCUAUCUCAGAGGUAACUGUUACAUUACAACUACCACUCUGUGGUGUCAAUAAGCUGGAUCAUGUAUUGUGUGAGAUACCUGUUCUGAUAAAAAUUGCCUGUGGUGAAAAGCAUGUGAAUGAGCUCAUGCUGUCUGUAGUAUGUAUUUUUAUUGUGGCUGUCCCACUCUGCUUAAUUCUUGCUUCUUAUGCUUGCAUUGGACAAGCUGUGUUGAAGAUUAAAUCUUCUGAGGGAAGGAAAAAGGCUUUAGGAACAUGUUCUUCUCAUCUUCUUGUUGUUUUAUUAUUUUUUGGCCCUGGCAUUACCAUGUAUCUUCAGCCUCCCUCCUCCAUCUCAAUGGACCAGCCCAAGUUCAUGGCUCUCUUCUAUGGAGUGGUGACUCCUACACUCAAUCCCUUCAUCUACACCCUUAGAAAUAAAGAUGUGAAGGAAGCAUUAGGUAACUUGUUGAGGAAGAUUUUCAGUUCUAAGUGA